AACUUCUUUUAUUUAAUUCAACAAACAGUUUGAUUCCUAGCAAACUAAACGACUCGUAGCAAAACGUUUAUUUAUGUAGGCGGAAACAUUGGUACAUAUAUCACCUUCUCUCACAAUUAGCCUUGAAACGAAAGACAGUCUACACUAGAGUUCUUUAUUUAGAUCUGUGUAAUAUACAGUUAUAGUGAGCAUGCUCUCACCAGUUCAUACGUAUUUUAGUAGUAAGAUAGCAUAAUCGUUUUGGCCAAUAAAUACAAAACUUUAGUAGUCUACGUUUCAUUUCUGAUAUCUUUAUCCAGUGUUAUCUCUCAACGUUCACUCUGAUAUAUCACACAAUCCUUCCGACAUCAUCUGUCCAGUCCCCUAACCUAAGUGCAGCAGUAAGCACAUCCCUGCAAUAUGGGACAUUUCCUACGGAUUCGCAAGUGUUGUUUUUGCUGUGGCGGCCUACGGGGAGGUUCAAUCGCCAUCGGAGUCUUCUACCUGCUGACAGCGUUAUUUGGAGCAACCUUAGAUGACACAAUUAUUUACUUCGGAUCGACAAGCAACAACUAUUACACCUCCUACAUCUCUCCAGUAGGACCCUGUGCCGAGAUACCAUUCCUACGAAUAUGGAAAUUCUGCAGUUUAGUGUCUGUGUUCAUCAAUCUGAUUAUGGUGUACGGCGCCCUGACGAAGCGGGAGUUGCUAGUAGCCCCAUGGCUGGCUUGGCACCUAGCACUACCUUUUGUGCAGUUUUCAGUCAUCGUGUGGAGCAUCAUAGAAUUAUCCACGUGUCGAGCAAUGAGAACGACAGACUUAGCACCAAUAGUGAUAACUGUCCUCUCUAUUUAUACUACCACUUUGCUUCUGUUGCUUUACUUCGCCACGGUCGUGUACAGUCUGUACAAAGACCUGUCAGAAGCAAACAGUAGCAAUGCAUACGGGACACAAACACUGCUGCCAUCAAAAAACUGGGACGCUGCCCUCGUACCAUACACCAACUACGACCCGGAUCAAGCAACGCCUACAGCCUGGGGAUAUUUACAACCCCAGCAGCAAAUAUAUCAAGGAACAGGGCAGAGAAUGCCUCCCCCUCCACCUCCCCCACCACCGCAGCAGCAAAGACAAAAACCUGGAAUUCCGCGCCCCCAGUCACAAUUCACAGCCUAAAAAUCGCUGUUUCACGUUUGUUGACGUCGAACAUUUCUUCGAGAAUAUUAAAACUGAAGUAUGAAAUCUGUUUGUAAAUGCAUAUGGCAUCUGAAAUGGUGUACAGAGCUUAGUAAAUUAAAUCAACAAUUUUAUUUA